AUGCAGCUUAAACUACAUGGCUCUUACGAAGCGCUAGAAAACGGUAAGGCUUCCGAAGCCUUACAAGAUUUCACUGGCGGCGUCACUGAAUUAUACAAGUUGAGGGACGAAGCACCGUCCAAUCUUUUCAAAAUCAUGGAAAAAGCACAUGAAAGGUCAUCUUUGAUGACAUGUUCAACUGGUCCUGUUGAGAAUAAACAACCUCUAACACCAGAAGGCCUGGUAAGGACACAUGCCUACAGUAUCACUGAGAUAAAGUUGGUAGACAUCCCAAAUGAAACCAGCGAAAUUCCUCUACUAAGGUUAAGAAAUCCCUGGGGUAACGAAGUCGAAUGGAAUCGCGCAUGGAGUGACAAAUCACCGGAAUGGCAGCGCAUUCCAGAGAGUGUGAAGCAGGAGAUGGGGCUGACGUUCUCGUAUGACGGCGAGUUCUGGAUGUCGUACCGGGACUUCGCUGAGCAAUUCGACAGACUAGAAAUCUGCAAUCUGAGCCCGGACUCUCUGGUUGAGAAUGUGCUGACUGAGCACGACAAGAAGAAGUGGGAGAUGAGUGUGUUCGAGGGAGAGUGGGUGAGAGGAGCAACCGCUGGUGGUUGCAGAAACUAUCCGGAAACGUUUUGCCACAAUCCUCAAUACAUCAUCACUCUGAAUGAUCCUGAUGAGGAGGACGAGGAAGACAAGUGUACUGUCCUUGUUGCUCUCAUGCAGAAGAACAGGCGCAAAAUGGGUGAUGAGUGUCUAUCCAUUGGGUUCGCCGUGUACCAUUUGGAAGGCGCAGAUGACCUGCCGAAACCGCUGGACCGGAACUUCUUCAAGUACAACGAGUAUGUGGCAGAAACGCGGUCAUUCACCAACCUGCGUGAAGUGACGGCUCGCUUUAAGCUGCCACCCGGUGUCUACUGCAUCGUGCCCUCCACAUUCAAACCGAACGACGAGGGUGAGUUCCUACUACGCGUCUUCUCCGAGACCAAGAAUCACAUGCAGUAAGUAUCAUAAAGCAAUUCAUUUCAGUGUUCGUAUGUCAAGGUGGAUGAUGACGAACCAGAAAAAAAUAAUGCAACCGAUGAUAAUAUCAGAGAAUUCUUCAAGAAACUAGCUGGGGAUGAUAUGGAGGUUAACUGGAUGGAGCUCAAACAAAUUCUUGAUUAUUCUAUGAAAGCCGAUAUUCAACCAGAAGGUUUCUCGAAGGAUGUGUGCCGCAGUAUGAUCGCCAUGUUGGAUAUUGACCGGUCUGGCAAACUAGGGUUCGAGGAAUUCAUGAAGUUGUCAGCUGAAAUCAGGAACUGGAAGUUCGUCUACAAGAUGUACUGCAAAGAAGAGACAGGCUACCUGAGUGCUUUUGAGCUGAGACAGGCUCUGAAUUCGGCCGGAUAUCGGCUCAACAACCACAUUCUGAGCAUAUUGGUGCACCGCUACGCAUCCAAAGAGGGCAAGAUAUUGUUCGACGACUUUGUGAUGUGUGCUGUCAGGCUGAAGUUCAUGAUAGAUCAAUUCAUAUUUUGGGAUACAAACAACACAAAUGAGGCAACUUUUAAAAUCGAUGAGUGGUUGGAGAUCACUUUGAACUCAUAAGUUCUAGUUUCUAUUAUUCUAGUUCUAGUUUCUAUUAUUCUAGUUCUAGUUUCUAUUAUUCUAGUUCUAGUUUCUAUUAUUCUAGUUCUAGUUUCUAUUAUUCUAGUUCUACUUUAUAUUAUUCCAGUUAUAGUUUCUAUUAACAUUUUUGUGGAUGAAAACGGUGAUGAUGAUUGCAAUAUCUGCAAUAAUGAUGUGCAAGAUGUAUUUCACUAGACGGUUUACUUUUUUGCAUAUAAAUUUGAACUAAAGCAAGAUCAGGGGCGUCCCGACACUUAUUCAUAUAUAGUGGGGUCCACAUUUUUCCUCUCAUAUCAGAAUAUAAUCAAUCAAUUGUAUCAAUACUAUAUUAAUUUGUAAUCGUAGCUUAUAUGCUUAUUGUUAUCAACAUAUUAUUCUUAAUAAACUCCACUGGUCGAGUUGUACCCUCGACCAGUUUUAUAUUAUAUAAAUCAUAUUACUAUUAUUAUUAUCAUAUUACUAUUAUAUUAUAUUAUUAUCUUCAUUAAAUUCAAACCCUCUUUGAAAGAUCUUGAUAGUUUUAGGCUACAAAACUUGUACGCACGAUAAAACCGGUCGACUUUGUAUCAUUUUUAUGGGAGCUGAUAUUUUAAAUAGCUUGCAAUCAAUACUCAAGUUGAAACAAUCAUUUGCAAUAUUUUGAUUGUAUCCAGCAAUGUUUUAAGAGUAUUUUUCAAAAUAAAUAGUAAAUUAUUUUCUUCUCUGAUAAAGAUAUAAAUAUUGAAUCGUCAAUUUGCAAUACCAGAUAGGCCUAGGCCUAAAUUGCACAAUCACAAUUUCUCAGGAAACGCAAAAAACAACAUUUUUUAAGCACUAUCAAUUUUUUGUGCAUUCUAUUCCUUCACAGUCACAAUUAUACAAUUAAGAUUCCGUACAUAGUUUGUGUGAUUGUCCUGAUAUAAAAUUACUCCUGAUUGAAUUAUUCAAAUUCAAAUGUGGGAUGUUUUAUGUAUUUGUUUUUGAAACUAAUAAAGUGAUGUAUCUGGUUAUGAAAUUAAA